AUGCCCCGCCGCGCCCCCUCCUCGAGCGACUCCGAGUCGGACAAUGACGCACCCGAGUCGCUCACCCUCUCGCAAUCCAAGAAGGCCGCGCAGACUCGCGCGCAGGACGUCGAGCGGUUCCGCGCGGCGGAGCAGUGCAGGCGGAAGGACAAGAACAGGGAGCGGGAGCGGAGGAUGAAGGAGAGGGCGGGGACGGGGGUUUCUGUCGCACUAGAAGAAGAGGGGGAAGGGAUUGAGGAGGAGGAGGAUGGAGAGCAGGGAGAGAGGGCGGACCUCGAGGCGAGGAUGCAGCGCGCGAUGGAGGAAGCCGCUGGCGAGUCCGGCUCCGACCUCGAGGAGGCGGCGGACGAGUUUAUGGAAGGCGUCGCCGAGGACGAAGACGAACACUCGAUGUCCGACAGCGAAGAACACGACUCUGGCUCUGAAUCUGAAGCUGACGGCGGCUCUGGCGUGCCCAAAGGUGAAGAUGAAACCGCCGAGCCCCCCGCGAACCGAAAUUACCUCCCCGACCACCUCUUCGCCGCCGCCUUCUCCCAGUCCGCAUCCGCAUCCGCAUCCCGGCCCAAAGCCUCAAAAACGAAAACCCAAGCGCGCAACACCCAGCCCAAGCGGCGCAAGACUGCAAACAAAGCAAAGGACACCGUCAUCGGGUCCCGCGCAGUCCGCGUGCUCCCCAAGCCCUCGCAGCAGGCACUCCUCGGCGCAUCACACACCGUACCGUCGAAGAAGGUCCAGAAGUUCGUCGACCGCAGUCUGAACCUCAAGGGCCGCAACCCGAGCAAGAAAGGAUGGCAGCGCAAACCCGCGAACAUAGGCGUACUGAAGCGAACCGGGCCUGCACCCAGUUUCGCCCGGCAAUGAUCUCUUCAUUUACUGUACCGCAUAUACCUACACCGGCCGGGAAUGUCCAAGUAGGCACGGAACCAAAAAAUCUGUAUACUGUACCUCGGAUGACUUUUCCCUUACCAAAGAUGACUGAGGGUGAUGCGGAC